GUAUUUACUAAUUAUUUUAAUUGUUUGGAAUUAAAUAAAAUUAUUAAUUUAAUACUUUGUAGUUUCUUGUGUUAAUUGAGAGUUUGUGUUAAGCGUUUACAUUUACAAAGCUAGUGUUUUUGGCUAUUCACUUUGUAACAUUUAUAUAAUUUUUCAGAUAUUUAAAUGCACUUUUAGGUUGUUAUAUACUUAGUAAAAUUAUAUUGAAAUUAUGGCUGUUCCGAAUGAGUUAAGUUUGGAAUCCGUCCGUGAUUUCAUGAUUAUGAACGAUGGAAAAGUUACUAAUCAUGAUCUAGUGACUCAUUUUAAAUAUUUUCUAACAAAUCCACAAAACAGAGCUGAAGCAAGACUUAAGUUUAAAGAAAUUGUGAACACUGUGGCUACCGUUAUCUGUGGAGAAGAUGGAGAAAAGUAUUUAAUGCUUAAACGUCGCUUUCGAGUGGCUGGUUGUAUUGGUUUAUCAUUAGAACCCUCCAUGAGCACAGCUUCUUCUCUAACUUCACUAACUUCUUAUCCUGGAUUAUCUUCUGUACAUCAUUCAUUAUCACAAGAUUCUCUUAUUGACCCUCCUAGAUUUCAACAAAGAUCUCCAAUGGUAUCACCAUCGGCUAGACAACCUCCACCUUAUCGUCCACCACCUUCUCCUAUUGCAUCGCCUAAAGAAUGUUCACCAACUAAAGAAGCCGCACCACCUGUUCCUCCUAGGCGUAGAAGUUCUGAGAAAAUUAAAUUGAUUGAAUUAAGUGAUAAUGUUAUAGUAAAUUCUAAGGAUAAUUAUAAAGAGAAUGAACAACCUCAGCAGCCUCAGAUAAGCGUAAAGGAUCGAACCCAAAAAUUCAACCGGAUAGCAUCUGAAAAUGCCUUGCAUUUAGCUAGUCAACUACCGUCACCAAAUAAGAAAAAAAUAGAAAAGAACGAUAAAGACGAAGAAGACACUAUUUCUAUGACAUCGUUGGAUCCCAAAACUAAAGAAUGGGUCGUAAAAUCAGCAAAAUGUGACUAUCAAGCUUUAGCAAAACUUGCUUCUGAAAAUUCUGGAAUUGCAAAAUUCAAGGACCCUAUCACUAGCGUGAGUAUUGGUUAUAUUUAGUAUCUAUUAAAAUAA